UGAGGCAAGGAUCUAAACCUUACUGGCGUGAGGCUUUCGUUAUUGCCCAAUUCACAAGUCACACCUUUGUCAAAUUGGGGGUUAGGUAAAAAGCUUAUUUGGAUGAAGUGAUGCUGGGCUAUUUUUGCGCUACGCUGUGACAGCUUCCAUUGCUGUCGUGUGGCUGUAAGCGCACAAGUCACUUGCACCAUUCGUAUUUAAGCGACACUUGUACUGUGGUGGUAUCUUCAUCUCGUUCCAGCUCACACUAUACAGCACAAUAUGUCUAUUAAUUCUCCAACGUUUUCCCUGAAACUAAGAAAGAUAUCGUCCAUAGUCGACGUCGCAGUUUGUGGUAUACUCUUGCUUGCUCUUCUUGCUCGGCACAAAUCAAACGCUAGGUUGCACUACUACCUGUUGGAACUGGCAGUCAUUUGUGGAAUAAUCUUUGAUGCCUUAGCCCUUCAUACCCAUGACAAUUUUUCUUCUAUUUUCGGACCCAUCGUCAACAGCUAUGGCCGUCAUGAGUGCCCUCACUUUACUACUUACUCAACUCGCUGGCUUGUGGGCAAUGCAUUGUUGCUCUGAAAUCUACCUUGGGAGUCGCGACAUAUUAGCAAGCAUCCCUGCAAUACUUGGAACCCUCUGGCUUAUCGUGGUCACAGUCCUUAUUAUUGUGGUUCGCGUGGUAGUUGGCAACAAUGCCACUUUCAAUGCUCUCACAUUAUCAAGGAUCAUCUUUUGGGCCUCCCCUGCAUUAUCUAUAUGGUCUGUUCUAGGUCUCAUCUUCAUUCGCGUGUUGGCUACUCGAGGUUCUCGACAGCAUUAUGGCAUUAUUAGACGAAUAAUGACUAAUGAUUGGGAGCUCUUGGCUUUUUUCAUUGUACUCGUCACUCUUUACUCUGUCUGGAUGGUUUUCAUAGGAUAUUUCCCAUUUUCUAAUGAUGUCGUUGAAAGAUUGGCACAGAUUGAUCUCGCAUUGUCAAUAUUAUUAACAAGAGUAAGUCUUCUGCUCUUCAUUGGAUUCUAUACCAGGUUAUCUGCAAUGGUGCCUAUACAAGAACGAAUGAAGAUGGAAGAAGACAUAGACGAGCUGACAAUGCCAAUGCCAAUGCGUAAUUUUUAGAUGGCACAAUUUU